GCGUCACAUCCUGUCUGCUGCUCCAUGCAUGUCGGUGUUGAGUGGAAGGGGAGGCAGCAGGCAGCUAGCUGCAGUCCUGCGAUCAUGUGCUGUUUUAACUGCUUUCGGUAUUCAGCUGUGAAGCCAAGGCAAUGGUGAGAUGUCGCAAACCUUUGAAUAAUCCUGUAAUUUCCUGCUAUAACCUCCACAGAGUAAACCUUCAUGUCCGGAGGUUCCGUUCAGUGGGGAACAGUGGUGUCCGAACAGAGGGGGACCCACAACAACAGCAAGAUAGCAAGGGCCCGUUGCUAUUGGAUUCAUCUGGUCCAAGCAGGCGAGCCCGUUUCAGGUUACAUUUCCCUCAGCUGGCUCUCAGGCGAAGGCUGGGCCAGCUCAGCUGCAUGUCCAGGUCGUCUCUGAAACUUCGAUCUUGGCCUCUCACUUUCCUCUAUUACUUCCUACCUUUCGAUGCUCUCCGACCUUUGACCAGAGUAGGAUGGCGGCCCACCAGCCGGGUUACUCUAUAUAAAUCCAUCCCAACACGGUUGUUAUCACGAGCAUGGGGGCGUAUAAACCAAGUAGAGUUGCCUACUUGGCUGCGGAAGCCUGUUUACAGCCUUUAUAUCUGGACUUUUGGAGUCAACAUGAAGGAGGCGGCAGUUGAAGAUUUACAUCACUAUCGUAACUUAAGCGAAUUUUUCAGCAGGAAGUUAAAACCUCAAGCACGGCCUGUCUGUGACAAUCACUGUGUGAUCAGUCCUGCAGAUGGGAAAAUUCUCCAUUUUGGUCAUGUAAAGAACUGUGAGGUGGAGCAGGUGAAGGGGGUCACCUAUUCACUGGAGAGCUUCCUUGGACCACUUUCCUGGAAAGAUGACAGCCAUCCAAGUCAAACUCCCAAUGAACAUGAGUUAAAUUGGCAGGCUCACGUUGCUCGACUGGAGAAACUGAGAGAAGCAGGUGAUAUCCCCUGCACUUCUUUCCAGGACCAGCUGGUAACCAAAGAAGGCAAUGAUCUCUAUCACUGUGUGAUAUAUCUAGCACCUGGGGAUUACCACUGCUUCCACUCGCCCACGGACUGGAAGGUCUACCACAGACGCCAUUUUCCAGGUUCUUUGCUGUCUGUAAAUCCUGGAAUUGCAAGAUGGAUAAAGGAACUAUUUUGUUAUAAUGAACGGGUGGUUCUUUCUGGAGAGUGGAAACAUGGGUUCUUUUCACUUACUGCAGUUGGAGCCACAAAUGUUGGCUCUAUCCGCAUUUACUUUGACAGGGAUUUGCACACAAACAGUCCUCGCUACAGCAAAGGAUCUUAUAAUGACUUCAGCUAUGUAACCAGCUUCCGGAAUGAAGGGAUUGUUAUGCGGAAGGGUGAGCACUUGGGGGAAUUCAAUCUGGGCUCAACAAUUGUGCUCAUCUUCGAGGCCCCAAAAGAUUUUGCUUUCAGUUUGAAAUCUGGACAGAAGAUUAGAUUUGGGGAGGCCCUAGGGUCCAUGUGACUUAAAUGUUUGCCAGUCAGCAGUAGAGAAUAGUGAAGGCAUAUCUGAAAGCAGCAGGAAACUACUGUUCUUAAACAAGACCUGUGCAGGAAACAUCAUUUUAUGCAGGUGAAAGAGAUUGGUGCUGUCUGUAGCACUGCCGUGUAUGAAUGAAUUGAGGAUAAGAAAGUAUCCUCUUAUUCUGCUAGUGGGAGGCCAUACAGCUUGUGUUACAGAAGGUGAUUUUGGAUCAGCAGGUCAUUCUCUGUAUAGUUCCAUCUGGGUCUGAUGAGGGGGUCAGGCUGUACUUCUGGGAAGCCUAUGUCAAUGGGGAAGGACUGUAGCACUGAAACUGCAUAAGGAAAUUGUGUGAAAUGUCAUCCAUCAUUGGUGGAAGCAGUCACUUGGAAUUUGAAUGUUUCACUGCAUCUGCAUUUGACAGAAAUAUUUUGUACCCAUUCUGAGUUCUGUGAAUCUCAAAAAAAAAUAUUUUGGGGGAAAACCUGUCUCAGUUUGAUAGUUUUCUGCCUGAAAUGGAGUUCAUGGGGAGUUUGUUUGGGAGGAGGAGCACUGGCUUUUGGCAUGAUGCUAAAUGUCACUGAGCAUACUGCUGCCUGCUGUAAGGAAUUGCUGUUUUGUGAAAAGCUGCAACAGGACAUCUUGAACACUGGGGGUGGGUCCUCUUUUGUGACUCUUCACCAACAUAAUUUUAGUCAGUGUACUGUAUUAGGACAUUCUGUAGUCCUCCCUGUUUUUGAGAAGUGGGAUAACUUUAACGGUGCCGUUAAGGCACGUGUCGUGGUACAUGUUAAAUGGUUAAUAGAAGGGUGUGAGUUCCCUCCUCUUCCUCCCCCUAUCUUUUCUGGUUUAGCCAUUUAGAGCUGCACUCAUUUUACCCUACAGCCAUGGCUGUCUUUCCCAGCUGCAGUUCACAGUUCCAUGUUACAUAGACCUGCCACUGCAAAAUCUUCUAAUAAGAGGUUUGUUGCGUGGACCUAUGACAUUUAAAAGAAGUGUAAAUGUUCAGUAUCCUUUGUCACUUGCUGAUUUUUGCAUAGGCUUCUCAUGCAGUAUUCCUGACUUUGUGGUCUUUCAGGCAGUGGACUUCACCUCCCUCCUGACAUGGGUAUGUUCCCACAUAUGAGCCAUUGGAGAGAGAGAUAUACAGUGGCUGAUGGAUUUCAUUGCAGCACUAGAACCAUGCCUCACAUAUGCAAUUUUGCAUACUAGUCUGUACCUGCAAACCUUAGCAUACUGUUUGAGGUAUUUUAAGUGUUUUAUUUCUUCUCGCUGGUCAGAAAUGUUUUAACAAUUGUUGCAGAAAUUAAAUGAAUAAACAUGCAGUGGUUGCUAUCUAUGAUGAUUAAGCUAUAUUUGGAAUGCUGGUGUUGUGUAAUGUUUGGUCAACAUUUGAGUGUUUUGGCAAAGUUUUGGAUUACCAACAGUUCAUGGACACAGCUGUUGCUUUGUCACAUGUGAUGUACUUUGUUUUUAACACUGACUUGUAAACUGGCCAACUCAGAAUAAAGAGAAAAGGUGACUUUUUAA